AUGCGCGCCUCCACCAUCCUCUUCACCCUCCUCGCCACCCUCGCCGCCGCUGCCCCGGGCCAGCAGGCCACCGCCGACGUCAGCCCCAUCCUCCAAAAACGGUGCGAAGCGGCGGGCGUCUGCUCCCAGGGCGGCGACGACGGCACCUUUUGCUCCAACCUCAAGUGCUGCAGCGACUCCAAGUCCGGCCGCGGCGGUGCUGUCUGCUGUUGCAACUAA